GGGGUGACGACGACGACCAUAGCCAUUCAGAUUGUAUGUUGGGAGGCUGCAGGGACCGCCCAUGGCAAGAUCCCGCACUUCCACCACAUUGGUGCUCCUGGCGAGUUCGUUCGCGCCGGCCUUGCCCACCAGACUAACGAAGCGCGAGGCCCACCUGCGCGGCGCGGAUCUGCAUGCGGACCAGCUGGACCUUCCGGCCCUGGAGGGGCCUGACGGCACCGCGGCAGCAGACGACGAGGCCGCCUCUGGAACGGACGCCGUCGACCUCGCCGGCCGCUCGGCCCUGGGCGCACUGAGGGGCGCCGAGGAGGAGGACUCGUUGUGGCGCGACGCCUCCUUCCUCGUGGCGGGGACGCAGGCCCCCGCUGGGCACGACAAGGGCACCUCGGGACCAGCGCCAGCGACUACUCCCCAGGAUGCCAUGUACAGCGACGACUUCCUGACCAACAAUGGGGAUGAGUAUGACGACCUCGCCGAGAAGGUCGCCCAACAGAUGGACCAGACAGACAACGGCGGCGGAAGGUAUAUCGUCCCCCAGGAUGAGGCCAAGGAGAUUUUCCUCCCGCCCACCACCACGGAGCCGGCGCCGCUGCCGCCAACGAAGUCCCCACCGUCUUCCACAGAGGGCGCGGGUGCAGCAACAGAUUCUCCAGUCGAGUCUUCGUCAGACCCCGCGGGAGUCGCGCCGCCGCCAGCGGCGCACAGCGAGAAGGGCGAAUCUGCAGAACCAGACCUCUCCGAGGAGGCCUCGUCGGAUCCGGGCGGUGAGGAGGACAAGAUCGAGGAUUCGGUGAAGGACGAAGAGAAACAGGUUGAGGACGAGGAGAGUGCCGCAGAAGCCCCAGACGCGGAGCAGGCUUCCACUGGGACCGCAGCGGACGAGGAGGCCGCAGCAAGCGGCGAGGAGACGGCCGCCGAGGGCGCCGAUGCAACAGCCACAGAACCCGCGGUUGCAGCGCCAAGGGAGGCAGACCAGGCCGCGCCGGCAAAGAAGCCCAGCGCCGAGGCACGUGUGCCAGCGGCACCUGAGGAAGCCAGCGCCGAUGCGCCUGUGCCAGCGGCACCCGUGGAAGAGGUGGAGGAGGAAAACUACGGCUGCAAGUCUUGGUGUGUGACCCACACCGCGGCUUGGGAGUACAAGUGCGACUGGCGGAACUGCGCCAGCUGCUCGGACUGUCCUUCAGAUCCAGACGAGGCGAAGUGUCACGGGACCUGCAGCCGUAGCCGGGCACUAUGGACAGAGAAGUGCGCUUGGAUUGAUUGUUCUGGGUGCUCCGAGUGCGACGAAGAGUCGGUCGCGCCAUUGCCGCCGCCUGGCGAAGACCAGCCCAAGAGCGUGCCCGAGGCCACGCCCAAGCCGAAGCUCGAGCCACCACCAACCAGCAAAGCCCGAGCCGACGCGUGCUGGAGAGCCGGUCCCCGCCCCUCCAGAGCCCGAGGAGCUGCUGACGACAACGCCGCCGACGGCGCACUCGCCAGCCGCCGAAGGCGCGACGCCUCCGGCGCCUGCGCCAGCGGUGGUCCAGGCACUCCCGCCCGCGCCGUCGGAGGAGACCUCCGAGCAAGAGGCGGGCGAGGAGACUUCGGAGGAGACCUCCGAGCAGCCAGCCCCGGCGCCUUCGGAGGACUCUUCGCCAUCAGAGGCACCGACGGUGGCGCCAGCGCCUGCGGCAGAGGAGGACGGGGCGCCAUCGCCGGCGGCGGCCGAGGCGGCGGCCCCCGCCGCCACAGAGGAGCCUCUGGCGCCCGCUCCGGCCGCCGAGGCGGAGGAGGCAGCGGGGCCGCCCGCACCAGCAGCCGCGGACCCGGAGGACCUGUGGGUUCCCGGAGAGCCGCCGGAGUGGGUGGGCCCGGGCGGCGAGGCCGCCGCCGCCGACGAGCCCGAGGGGUCGCCCGCGGCGGCCCCCCCCGCUGCGACGGACGCUGCCGCCGACGAGGCGCCGCCGGCAGCGGAAGCCGAGGGAGGGGCGUCGGCGGAGGAGGCCGUGGUGGAGGACGCGCCGGCCGACGAGGCGCCAGCGACGGCGGAGGCAGCCGCGGCGGAGGCACCCGCGUCCGAGGGCGCUUCGCCGCCAGCCGAGGAGGCCCUUGGGGAGGGGGCGGCCCCCGAGGAGGCGCCUGCGAAGGAGAAGACCGCAGGGAACGCGGCGACGGCCGAGGAGGCUCCAGCGGAGGAGGCCGCCUCCGAGGAGGCUGCGGCGAAGCCGGCGGAAGAGGCUGCCGAAGAGGCAGCGGCCGGAGACGAGCCUGCCGGGGGCUGAUCGACGAGGGCCUCUGACCAGCGGGCUCCUUCGGGCGGCGCAGCCGAGCCCAGUGGCUGUCGGCGCCGCGGCCGAGACUUGGGUGGCCUGGGGAGCCUGGGCUCGCGCGUCGGAGGGUUGCUGCCCUCUCUCCCUCCCCUCCCUCCUGCGCCUC